AUUUCAUCUUUUCUCGUUGUAUAAAAGAAGUACAUUAUUUUUAUAUAAUUUACAUCAUACCCCUAAAUAUGAAUGUGAUUCAAUCUGAUAAGCGUCCCUUUAAAUCGUUUACUAAAACUAAAAAUGAAUUGGUACGCAAGGAUGCCGCAAUGGGUAUACGUGGCUCACUGUUUCUACCUGUUAACCCUCACAAAGCCGUGAAUAAUAUUCGUAAAUUCAACAAGUCUACAGCACCUCGGUAUAAAUUUGAUGACAAUAUUUCUUUAUCUAAAAGACCCAUGGGCCCUCCAUCAGGACCUGCACCGAGUAUCAAACGAAAAGUAACUUACACAUCAAGUUCAGCGAAGCCGGAAUCUACUUCAAGAAGUCAGACGCGUGUUCUUGCUAGCGAUUCAGCAUCAGAUUUUUGUACACCAAGAAACAAACCUUCAGCAUUAAGAUACAUUAGUAGUAGCAGUAAAGGUGGUCACAGUGGGAUAAGAACAGCUAAAUCUACCAGCACUUCAGUUGUGGACGCUAGUGUUAUACUGGCUAUAUCUGAAGGUCGUGGGAUGGCUCGGGGUGAGAUUGGUAUAGCAGCUGUGGAUUUGAGACGCCCAAAUCUGAUUCUCUGCCAGUUCAGUGACACACUCCUAUACACACACACACUCACCAAGAUAAACUACUUCAAUCCCAUUGAAAUAAUAGUACCUCACACAUUCUGCGAAGGUGCCCAAACCAAUCAGCUGUACCAGUUAAUAAAGGAUCACUUCCCAUUAGUUAAUGUAACAGCUGUUCAGAGGAGACAUUUCAACGACGCAGCCGGGAGGCAGAACAUACACACGCUAUGCGCCCCCCAGUACAGCGCUGUAUAUCUCCUUGUUAUACAUAAAUUUUAUGCCCUAACAGCUGCCGCGGCUGUUCUGAAGUACGUCGAAUAUAUACAGUGUAUUGUUUUCGCUAGAGAAUCUCUGAAGAUCGAGUAUCACUCGUCCGAAAACACUAUGAUUAUUGAUGUAGGCACAGCCACUCAGUUGGAGUUGGUCCAACCAUUGGUGCCAUCAGCUGGGCCAAUUUGUUGCCUGUUGGGAGUUCUCGGACCAACUUACACGAUAGGUGGUAUAAGGGCCCUCAGAGCAGCCAUACUCCAACCUUCCUGUGAUAAAAAUUUCAUUGAACGUAGACAGGAUUCUGUACAGGAAUUGAUAGAAAACGAUUCAGGAUUAAUGGUGGAUUUACAGGAUGUUAUAAAAAAAUUGGCAGAAAUAGAUAAAAUUUUAUUCCUAUGCAUCGAAACUGCGAAUGAAAAUUUGGAAAAACAUGGAGAGGCUCAGUUGAAUCAGAUCCUGCUUCUCAAAACGACCAUGGAAUUGGUGCCGCGACUCGUGGAAGCUUUACGACAUGCUAGUAGUACAGGACUCAGGAACAUAAAGACGGCCUUCGAAAACCCACACUACGAAGAAAUAUCUAAUCGAAUUAGGACAGUCAUACAAGAAGAUGCACAUUUAGAAAAAGGCGCUAUGGGAAGCAUGCAGAGAUGCUUUGCGGUCAAACCAGAAAUCAACGGCCUCUUGGAUGUAGCUAGAAGAACGUACUCAGAGCUCAUUGAGGAUAUACAAAAAAUCGUGGAACAACUUAGCGAGACGUACGACCUCCCGUUGAGGCUUAACCAGAACGUCAUGAAGGGUUUCCACAUAGUGUUGCCAGUCGCACCCAAGAAUAGGAGACAAUUUAACGUUGAAGAAUUACCAUCUAUAUUCAUACAGGUUGUAUUCAAUGGAGCUAGUGUUACAAUGACCACAGAAGAAAUAGUUGUACUCGACCAACAAGCGAAGGAGUCGCUUAAUGAGAUACAAAAAAUGAGCAACAUUGUAAUAUGGACGCUGUUGAAAGAACUUCGUCCUUUUAUGUCCAGUUUGUAUAACUUGUGUGAAAAUGUCGCUGAAUUGGACAUAUUACUAUCAUUGGCUCAGGCGAGUACAGUGGGUUCAUAUAUAAGGCCUUAUUUCGAUAAUUAUCUUGAUAUAAGGAAUAGUGUUCACCCACUGCUAGAUUAUAACAGCCAAGUGUUGCCAGUUCCAAACGAUAUUUUUGCAAGUCCCGAGCACAACUUCACAAUAAUAACAGGACCGAACAUGGGAGGCAAAACUAUAUAUAUAAAACAAAUUGCUAUUAUACAUGUUAUGGCUCAAUUAGGUUGUUUUGUACCAGCAACUAACGCCGUGAUCAGACUAUGCGAUCGUAUCUUCUCAAGAUUAGGUUUCAACAAUAGUAUUGAAUUCAAUGCUUCUAGUUUUGUUAUAGAGAUGAAGGAAAGUCAGCAUAUAUUAAAAGGGCUUACAUCUUCGAGUUUGGUCAUAAUCGACGAACUCUGCCGUGGAACGAACGUUGAAGAAGGUACGAGUAUAGCGUGGUCGAUUUGUGAGGAACUCUUGAUGAGUGAGGCGUAUACAUUUUUAACAACCCAUUUCAUGUAUUUAACAAAACUUGAAGACUUAUACUACAAUGUUAUAAAUGUCCAUACAGCUGUGAAAGAGGAAUCCCAAGGUCCAGAUGUACUGGAAAAGAGAUUGAUAUAUCAACAUAAAAUUGAACCUGGAAUUACACAGAUUAAACAUUACGGUAUAGCAUUAGCUGCUAAGACAAAUCUACCACAAGAUAUUGUUAGUUUGGCUAAAGAACUUGCGGAACUAAUAGAAAGCAACACAAAGCCAAUGUCAGGUUCAUCGCAAAAAGAAACAGAUUUAAAACUAUUAUAUGAUUUGAAUGCCAAAAUUCAGAUGGAAUCUAGAAAGAAUUAUAAUAAUGAAGAAUCUAUAAGAAAUAUAUUGAUACAAUUUAAGAAUAAAUAUCCUCACAUAGUAGAGGGAUUAAAGUUAGAAAGAAAUUCGAGAAAUAUUCAUAAUUAUUCAUCCCAUGAGAGUCCUAAAGUACCAGAAUUUGAUACAGAAAAAAACACAAUUUCCCCCCAAAAACAAACGUCAACGUCAGUAUAUAGUAACUCCGAAAAAGAAUGCGUAGAAAUAAAUACGAAUAUAAUUGCUACGGUCAAAUCAUCUACACAACUUCUGAAUACAUUUGAUGAUAGUACGAAUUAUAUACAUACAAAAAAUUAUACUCGACAUUCAAAUAACAAUAACAUCACCGGUAUUAUUGAUGCAAAUGAACAAAGCCACAAUAUCAUAGUAAAAGCAGACAUCCAUCAUAAUAAUUUACCAAAAACUUCAUUUCCUUCUCAACUAGAUAAUAAUAUGAAAGCAUCAUUUGAUGGGAAUUCUUCGACAGAUUCGGAUAUAGCUGAGGCUUUGACUCAAAUUAUCGAAGAGAAUUCGGAAUCGGAUGCUGGGGAAAACAUCUCGGUCGAUGAAGAAUUAAUGAGGGAAACGUUGGAUGAAAUUAACGAAGAUUUGAAUGUGUCCGUUGAUUUUAUAAGCGAUAUUAUUCUCACUCCGCCGAUGAAAUUUAGGGAUUUUUAACUAGCAUGUCAUUACUUCAAUAGAGCUAAAAUAAAAGUCUUAAAUAUAAAUAAAGAUACUUUUUUUUAGCUUGAGAUCGGCAAUCAGUCGCAAGACAAUAAGCAGAUGCGUAUUGUGGAAUCUUGAUUGCAAGACGAUGAGGGCAUCGCCUCGUAUUUUCAGAAGACAUCCUUCCUCUUUAGUCUUUUCACUAUGGCUGAAAGAUAUAAGAGCUGAGUUGCCAGGAUGAAUGGGAUGAAGAGCUAGGCGUUCCGCAUACUCUUUCUUGUAUUUGUCUAUCUCUGAUUGAAUUGUUGGAACAUUGAGAUGUUUGUGUAUAUCGUCAUUUCUGGAGAACCACAGUACAUUUGCGAUGGUUCGUAGGAUGUUAUUUUGUACUCGUUGUAGGCACAAUAUAUUGCUCUUGCUGGCGGAACCCCAGAGCGGGAUACCGUAGGUCCAAAUAGAUACUAUAUAAUA